AUGCUUUUGGACGAGUUGUUCCCGUUCACGUACGAAACGUCCGUUCGUCCAGGAUCCAACGAUUCGGCCACUGUUGUCACUAUUGUGCCAAACAAGCUCGUCCUACUUUACAUGGACCAACUACAAGAGACGAUUCAAUUCUCCGAGGAGUUCCUACUCACAUGGAUCGAUCCGCUUUUGUCGUGGGAUAUCAACGUUACGGAAUACAGUCGACCAUGGAUUAAGAUACCGGAGACGAAUCUUUGGGCCCCGGGAAUUAUAUUCACUGCCGCAAUAGAGAUCAACGAAAUGAUGCCAAUUGAUGAGAGAAUGGCCGAUCUUCGUUACGAUGGCACUGUCAGAGUAUCUAAUCCUUCUGUUGUCACAUAUCCAUGUCCACUGCGUAUCGACUCUUUUCCAUAUGAUGUACAAGUGUGUAAUCUAACAAUAGGUGCAUGGAAUUUUGAUGCUGAUGAGGUAAUAGUCAAGUCGUAUACCGACCAUAUUGAGGGUGCACCACAACAAUUUGAGGGAAACAGUGAAUGGGAACUGAGUUCAAUACGAGCGUUCAGAGAAAUGCAGCCAGAUUCAGACGGGAGCAUGUACUCGGUGGUUAUCUAUCAGGUGGAGCUGAAACGGAAGCCUGUUUACUAUGUUCUUGUCAUACAGAUCCCAACAUUAAUUAUGACCACACUAACAAUAUUUGGAAUUUUCACACCAUUCAGUAACACACCGGAAAGACGUGAAAAGGUAACCCUCGGACUAAACAUGUUCGUAUCGAUCUCAAUGAUGCUUAAUCUCGUCGCUGAUAUGAUGCCUAAGGCAUCAAGGCUUCCACUGCUCGGAAAUUACAUCCUUUCACAAAUUUUUGUCUGCUCUGCUGCGGUGCUCGUCUCGAUCGUCACACUGAUUUUUCAUCAACGUUGUCAUACCCGAUGUCAUCGACCACCAAAAUGGUUGCUCAACGUCCUCUUCUGUCAAUGUCGUCGUAACCGUACUCAACCAAUCGCUAACGAUCCACCUCCUUAUUCCGUGUGCAAAAGAACACCAUCGGUAGAAAUUCUGGAAAGCCCGGAAAUCUUGGAAGUUUUACAAGAGGCGCGCGCAGGCGCGAUUUUCAUUGACGAUCUCACUGAGAUAGUCGUCGUGGUCGCGGUCGUGGUCGUCGCUGUGGUGGUGGUGGUAGGUGACGAUGGUUACGCGAUGUAUACAAGAAAGGAAAAGAUCGCUGCCCUACCCGAUACCUUAUCCCCAUCGAAAACACUCCUCGGUGCUGAUAGAAAUGUUUGCAAAAUUCGUUCAUUAGAGAUCUUUGCACUUCUUAUUUCGUGGCAACAACAGCUAUGCGGUCAACCGUACAGCGACUUGAUCGUGAAGAUGACAUUCGCCUCACUUGGAUCCGCGUAUUCGAUAGAAUCGAUAUGGUGUGUUUAA